GUAGGGGACUUGGUCAAUCCGGAGCUGUGGGUCGCUUGAGGGGCGUGGUCGUGGCCGUUCGGGCGGCUCCUAGAGAGUCGCAGCCUGGGCGUGGUCAGGCUUGCUGAGGGCGUGUGUUUUUCAGGUCGUUGGCCAAUCUUACAGUCAGGCCGGGCUCAGGGGCGGAGCCUCGAGGUGCCCGAACCAUUGAGGGUGUUUGGGUUGGAGGAGGGCGCGACCCAUCGGACCGAGGCCAAUCGCGCUGAAGUCCAAGGAGAGCCUCUGGGGCGUGGGCCACCGGGGCUGGGGGCGUGGCCGGGGCGGGACCUGGGCCCGGUUCCGGGCUGUCUCGGACGGCGCCUGGGCGAUGUCGGCGCCGCAGCCGCUGCAGAUCCGAGAGGCGAACGCACACCUGGCGGCUGUGCACCGGCGCGCGGCGGAGCUGGAGGCGCGGCUGGACGCGGCGGAGCGCACAGUGAGCGCCCAGGCCGAGCGCCUGGCCCGCCACGACCAGCAGCUGCGUGCUGCCCUGGAGGAGCUGGGCCGCGCCAAGGACUGUGAGAUUGCCGCCCUCCAGCAGCAGCUGCUGACCUCCGAGGCCACUGUCCACAGCCUGCAGGCCGCCCUGCGCCAGAGGGACGAGCUCAUCGGGCAGCUCCAGCCCCGGGCCGAGCUGCUGCGGGACAUCUGCCAUUACCGGCCACCCCUGGCCCGGCUGCUGGCCGCCCUGGCCCAAGCCGAACGCCUGGGGCCCCUGCCAGCCGGAGACCCCAGCCACCCACCCUCCGGGGGGCCCAGCCCAAGCCUUGCCAACAGCACUGGGGACGAGCAGGACGAGGGCCACCUGCAGCCUGCGGUGUUUGGGACCACCGUGUGAGCCCCGGGGCAUAGAUUCCACAGCAGAGACGGAGUUCCACUGCUGGGCGUGUCCCCAGGGCUCACCUGUGUCCGGGAGGGGCCCCCAUGGCAGAGCCGUAAUCCUUUCCAAGCAUCAAAACCUGCUAAAAAGUCACAGGUUUCAAACAGGCAGUCCGCGGGCCAGAGGCAGAUGUGGAGCCCAGAUGGAGGGUUUUUGGCUUGGUUUUGCUGUUGUCGUUUUUGAAGAUUUUAGAUCAUCUCCACACCCAGUGUGGGGCUGGAACUCACAACGCCAAGAUCAAGAGGCCCAUGCUCUACCCACUGAGCCAGGCAGGGGCCCCUUGUUUUUCAUAUUUUGUUUUUUUUAAACAAAACUUUAAAUCAGUCAACUUACUGAAACAAUGGCAAUGUUUACACAAAAAUCUGGAUUUCUGCUUUAAUCUUGGUCAUGCCUCUUUGGCUCUGAGCCCGGGAUCCCCUCUUCAGCCAAAGUGUGAGGUCCAGUUGGCUCCGUUGCCUCUCUUAGGGCCAGAUGUCCGGCCCCUGCAGCAUCCCACAUCUCUGCUGCUUGUGGAGACAGAUGGCAUCAAGUUUCCCCUCUUCCCCUGCCCUGGUUUCCAUUCCUUCCGAGGUAUCCCUGGUCCCAGCUAAAGCUCCUUCUUACCCUUCCUCCCAGACCAGAAUUGGGAACUUGUGCCAUUUUGCCCUGGUUGUAGGAAGACCCAUUUUUAGUGCUAGAUUUUUUCCCCCCUAACUCUGUCCUUCCGUCCACCUUUAACCCAGGAGGCAGAGCGUGCUGUGUGUGUGAGACACUGUGAGAUGCCGGCAGCCAGGCUGUGAAACCCCGGGAGGCUCAGGCGUCCCUCAGCCUCUUUCCCGAUAGAGUCCUUCCUGAGGGAAUGUCCACUGGCUCUGCCUUCUGCCUAGAUCGUUCUUCCCCCGGAGGUCACAGGACCGGUUCCUUGUCACUCAGAUCUUUGCUCAGAAGUCACCUCCUCCGAGGGGUCUUCCCUGAUUGCCUUAUCCGGAGUGAUUCCCGUCCGUUUUCCUUACGGAACUUCAUGUCACCGGAGUGGCAGCGCAGCUACCUGAGGGCAGGGUUCCUAUUCUUUUAUCAGCAGGUGCACCCUGGGACCUCCUUAGGAACACGCUGGGUUUGUGGGUCCCAAAGGGAGCCAGGGACCCCCAGCACAUCUGAUGAGGCUCCUGGCCAGUCUAGCUUUUGUAGGAAGCAGCCGGCUCCUUUUUAUAUUUUCUAGAGAAUCUUCUUUUCUUAACUCACUUUCCCCGCUGCUCCUUCUUGGCCAGAGACACUCAGGGUGCCUGUUUUUGUUUUUGUUUUUAAAUCAAACCAGGGAAUCCUGUGCCUUUCUCUGCUCAGCCCGGUACUAUGGCGGCCAUUCCCGCCUCCUUUCUCAGGAAUUGUCACACCAGGAACCGCCGAGGGGCAGGGCCCAUUUUGGCCUGGAAAGGUCGGUAUCCAUCCCCAGCCCUCAGGAUGGUGCUGCCUGCCCUGCCUGGCGUCUGACAGUGACCCCUCAGUGUAGGAACAAUGGCCCCAUUUUCUAAGGAUGACUCAGGGGGACUGCUCGUAUGAGGGAAAGGCAGGCCGAGGCCUGUCUGAGCUCAAGAAUAAAUUGAAUGAUUCCUUGGC